UAUGUCAAGCGUAUGCUUUGAUGAAGAUCCAUCAAUUGAAUGGUUGGAAGAUGAUGAGGACGUCCGUAUCUACCGCCUUUGUAUAUCUCAACCUGAUGUGUUGAAUGACUCCCAUGAUGAGGAACAAUUUGUUGAAUGGUUGGAAGAAGAAGAGGACGGUCACAGCUGCCACCAAAUGUCGGACGAAAGCGACAUUGAAGAUCAGGAUGAGUAUAGUGAAUUUGAUAGAGCCCACAAGAAUCAAGUAUUUGUUGAAACGAUGCGAUUGUGGGCUCUGAAACAUCAAAUCACGCAUGCCGCUAUUAAUGAUUUCUUAGAAGCAAUACUAAAAACAACUGAUUUUUAUGUUCCUAGAGAUUCCAGGACAUUUCUGAAGACUCCUGUAGGCGUGGGAAAAGAAAUUGAAAAUUUGGCUGGUGGACAAAUGUGGUACAAAGGAAUAGAUAAAUCUCUGCAAGAACAGUUUCGCACUACUCCGCCUCCUGUAGAUUCAUUUGAAUUGAAUAUUUCUAUGGAUGGUAUUCCUCUGCAUAAUAGCGGAACUACCCAGUUCUGGCCCAUUUUGAUGCAGCUGCAUGGUAUUCCUGAUGUUCCAAUAAUGACUAUUGGAAUAUUUUGUGGAACUUCUAAACCGGAUAAUGCAGAGGAUUAUCUGCGCCGUCUGGUAACAGAAAUAAAUGAUGUCCAGGACAACGGAGUAGUUAUAAAUGGAAAACGUAUUUCCAUCUCACUAAGAGCGUUACUUGCAGACGCCCCUGCUAUAGCGUUCAUCAAAUGUGUCAAAAACCACAAUGGCAUACAUGGAUGCCAUAAAUGCAAAAUUUUGGGUAGAAGCUACAUGGGAAGGAUGAUCUUCGAGGGAACAGCAGAAGCACGAACGAACGAAGAAUUUAGAAAUGGAGAUUACUCCAUAGGACAUCAGAUACGCCCAUCGCCGUUGUUAGAUAUUUAA